AUGGCCUACUUCCGCUCUUAUUACCUACGCUUCUAUAUUUUCAUGGCAGAACCACUCGCUUUGUUUUUCACAGAUCCGAGAACUCUAGCUUUCAUGCAUGGAGCUAAAGACACCGAACUGGAUAUGGCGAUGCAUUCUGCCGCUUACAUAUUCACCCAGACCCCGGCAGCUGACCAGGCGGCGAUUGAUUACAUCAGAAAGGAAUGGGCAAACAGAAACGACUUCCUCAGAGUGUGGGGUGAGGCAAAUAAAGCUUUGGGGCCUAACGUUACAAUCCCAAAGGGUUUGCGGAGGGAGCACCUGAUGGCCAUUCAUGCUUACACUCAAAAUUCCACAUUGCACUCGGAGUUUAACUCAGCAGUCAGUCAGUGUGGCGGAAGUGACACCAUCUACCAGAGCAAGUUCCAUUUCAAAAGUUUCCAUUACCUCCUCUCGGUUGCCCUCAGUAAGUUAAAGACGAAGCGUCGCAAAACCUUUAGAGGGGCUAAUGAGCUAUUCAACGCCAAGAAGGGGGUGAAAGUCCGCCUGGGAAUAUUUGCUUCCACCUCUUUGAAUCAGGGAAUAGCGAAACGUUUCUUGAAAUCAAAGAGCAACACGCUGUUUGAAAUUGAAACGAAGUUGGGGGUCCUGAUCAGUAAUUUCUCGGAACUAGAAUAUGAGGAAGAGGUCCUCAUCCCGCCUAUUGAGGUUUUUAAGGUCAAACGGAAGCCAGUGGAGGAAAAGGAUGGCCAGCGGGGCUGGAGGAAUAUUAAACUUGUGGUGGCAGGGUGCCAGGGCAUCACCGUGACCGUGCAGACUGAGAACGGUGCAUUUGAAGUGAGAAGAGGAAAGGGGAAGUGUCCCAGACAUUGCAAGUGCCUUUUGGCCUGAGAGGUUCCUCAGCUUAGCUUGUGGUUGACAGUGCUUUACUAAACAACAAUCGCCACUCAUCAUUGAUCAUAUACUGUUGAUAAUUGAUAAGAUGUGCUAGGCAAUUGUUAAGGAUACACAGGUAUGUAUCUGCCCCUGUCCUUUUAUGUCUCUGCAUAUCAGUGCCUCGCUUAACUGUGCUCAUUUAUGCCUAUGCCUUCCGUUACCUCUCCUUGUAUGUAAGCACCUGUUCAUAUUUGUCCCUGUGUAUUCCAAUACAUCUCUUUGCCUCCCUAAGUGCUAGUACUACUGCCCACCUGACGCUAUAUAUCUCAAUGCUUAUCUCUGUGUGCCCCUGUCUCAGGGUGUCCCAGUGUCUGUCUCAGUAUAUCAUAACAACUGACCCCUUGCAUCCUAGUAACUGAUUCAGUUUACCUCAGCACCUGUUUCUGAGUCUGCCAGUACCUGUCUCAGUCUAUCUCAAUACUUGUCUCUGCAUGUUCCAGUGCCUGACUAAGUUUCUCCUCAUUCUUGGCUCAGUGUAUCCUAGUACCUGUCGCUGUGUAUGCCAGUUCCUGUCUCAGUGUAACCUAAUUUCUGACUCUGUGCAUCUUAGUACCUGCCUCAAUAUAACCUCUAUCCUGUCUCAGUGUAUCCCAAGUGCCUGUCCAUGUGUAUGACAGUAACUGUCUCAGCGAAUCCCAUUACCUGCCCAAAAUCUGGCUGUAUCCUAGUACCUGUCUCAGUGCAUCCUCGCUCCUGGCCCAGUGUCUCGUAUCUCACGCUCUGUACACAAGUAUCUGACUCUGUGUAUCCUAGUGCCUGUUUCAUUGUAUCCCAGUACCUCUCUCAGUGUAUCCCAGUAGCUUUCUCAGUGUAUCCUCAUACGUGCCUUUCUCUAUGUCGGUAGCUGUCACUAUCUGUCCAGUUACAUGUCAGUAUCGUUCCAUACUUGAGAUUGUGCAAUUUUAUGCCGGUCACUACUUUGCCUUCUGUAUGCUGUCACGUGCUCCAGCCAGCCCCAGUGUAUGAGUACAUGCAGCUAUCUGUCCCACUGUAUGUUGGUAAUGUACUGUCCUGUUCUGGUGUCUUUCAGUACAUAUCCCUAUUUGUCCCAAAGUGUGUCAUUACCUGUCUGUACUUCUGACUGUAAAUGUAUGGACCUAUUCGAUCUAUAUUUUUGUGUGUCAGGACCUGAAUCUAUCUUUCCCUCGGCAUAGCAAUGCUCGUCCCUGUGUCUAUCAAUGCAUCUCUCUUUCUGUCAUUCUUAUCCGUAACGAUCCAUUUGUGCAUCGCUGUUGUUUUCUCUCCCUGUGUAUGCCGGUACAUGUCUCUGUCUGUCAGCACAUGUCCCUAUCUGCACCUAUGUGUGUCAGUGGAUGUCACUAUAUGCCUUAGCGAAUGGCAGCACACGACACUUUCUGUCUGUGUCUGUCAGUACAUAUCCCUUUCUGUCUGUUGUCAGUCAGUGCAUCUGUCUUUGCGUCUGUCAUCGCAUGUCCCCAUUUCUCUCUGCAUCUAUCAUUAAAUGUCCCUUCCUGUUUGUGUGUGUGUCAGCACAUGCACCUCCCUGUCUCUGUCCUGUCAGUAUAUGUGCCUAUCUGCCUCUGAGUCUGUCAGUGCAUGUCCCUAUCUGUCUCUGUUCCUGUCAGGACAUGUUCCUAUCUGUCUCCGUGUCUGUCAGAACAAGUUUCUAUCUGUCUCUGUGUGGGUCUGAACAUUUGCCCAUCUGUCUCUGUGUCUUUCAGAACAUGUCCCUAACUGUGUUUGUGUUUGUCAGCACAUGCACCGAUGUGUCUCUGUGUCUGUCAGAAGAUGUCUCUACCUGUCUCUGUGUCUAUCAAUGCAUGUCCCUAUUUGUCGCGGUGCCUGUCAGGAAAUCACAGAAUCACAGUGCAGAAGAGGCCCUUCGGCCCAUCGAGUCUGCACCGUCACGUGAAAAACGCUUGACCUACCCUACUAAUCCCAUUUAACAGCACUUGGCCCAUAGCCUUGAAUGUUAUGACGUGCCAAGUGCUCAUCCAGGUACUUUUUAAAGGAUGUGAGGAAACCCGCAUCCACCACCCUCUCAGACAAUGCUUGCCAGACUGUCACCUACCUCUGGGUAAAAAAAGUUUCUCCUCACAUCCCCCCUAAAGCUCCUGCCCCUCUAUCUGAACUUAUGCCCCCUUGUGACUGACCCUUCAACUAAGGCGAACAGCUGUUCCCUAUCCACC